GUCAUGUGACGCGCGUGACCUGGUGGCUCCUGUGAGCUCCUCGACAGCUCUCCGAGCUGGCAGCAGUCAGACCCGAUACCGUCAACUCGCCUCGCCUAUCCCUUGCCCCAUACCUCUGCAUCUUCACCGGACCGGGAUAUCGACCGGGCUUCUUAUCGUUUGAAAAUUAAACCCUGUUGAUUCGAUUUGUUUUUUCCGCUUCGCCUGAUCGCCUGACAUCAUGAACGGCGCCAGUGACCCGGAGAGAGACCAGGCGCUCGAGGACUACAAGCGGAGUUUGCUGGAGCUUCGAGAAUGGGAGGCCAAGCUCAAGUCCCUGCGAAUGGGCAUCAAGGACCUGCAGAGAGAAUUCGACAUCUCCGAAGAGAACAUCAAGGCCCUGCAAAGUGUCGGCCAGAUCAUCGGCGAAGUGUUGAAGCAGCUGGAUGAGGAGAGGUUCAUUGUCAAGGCAUCAUCCGGUCCUCGAUACGUUGUCGGCUGCCGCUCGAAGGUCGACAAAGCCAAGCUGAAGCAGGGCACUCGUGUGGCGCUCGAUAUGACCACCCUGACGAUUAUGCGAAUGCUCCCCAGAGAGGUUGACCCCCUGGUAUAUAACAUGUCAUUGGAGGACCCCGGCCAGAUCAACUUUGCAGGCAUUGGUGGUCUCAACGAACAGAUCCGUGAGCUACGGGAGGUGAUCGAAUUGCCGCUGAAGAAUCCCGAGCUUUUCCAACGAGUUGGAAUCAAGCCGCCAAAGGGUGUACUGCUCUACGGGCCUCCCGGUACAGGAAAGACGCUGCUGGCCCGAGCUGUGGCGAGUUCGAUGGAAACCAACUUCCUGAAAGUCGUCUCAUCGGCCAUCGUGGACAAGUAUAUUGGUGAGUCUGCACGGUUAAUAAGAGAAAUGUUUGGAUACGCCAAAGAACACGAGCCUUGCAUCAUCUUCAUGGACGAAAUCGACGCUAUCGGUGGACGACGUUUCUCCGAAGGUACCUCUGCGGAUCGCGAAAUCCAGCGGACGUUGAUGGAGCUUCUCAACCAGCUGGAUGGGUUUGACUACCUGGGGAAGACGAAGAUCAUCAUGGCCACAAACCGACCCGACACGCUUGAUCCGGCUCUGCUGCGAGCCGGUCGUCUGGACCGGAAGAUUGAGAUUCCCCUCCCCAACGAGGUUGGUCGUAUGGAGAUCCUGAAGAUUCACUCGAGCACCGUCCAAAUGGAUGGCGAGAUUGAUUUUGAGAGCGUGGUGAAGAUGAGCGAUGGGCUCAACGGUGCUGAUCUUCGCAAUGUUGUUACGGAAGCUGGUCUGUUCGCGAUCAAGGAUUACCGUGACGCGAUCAAUCAGGACGAUUUCAACCGAGCGGUGCGCAAGGUGGCGGAGGCGAAGAAGUUGGAGGGCAAGUUGGAGUACCAGAAGUUGUAGUUACUUUACUCUUUGACAAACAACCACAACCGAGUCCCUGAGAACGAGCCGUGAAUUUAGAAAGCCAUUCAGCUAUAUCACCCGGCAAUGUACACAACCUAUCUACCUGUCUGUGUGCCUGUCCUGCACGGGCUGUAUGUACCAUUAGAUACCUCGUAGCCUCGUACUAAAGUAGCC